GGCAGGCGCUGCUGCGAGGUCGAGUUGAGCAAAACGGCCGACGUGAGGCGUCAACGUAACGCGGAAAAAAAUAGAGGAAGUGCUGUCUGUCUCCUGUUCCUUUGACUUUUUUUCUCGUUUAGCUUUUCGCCCUCGCCUCAUUAUAAAUCUUCGUGAAGGUCAUGAAGAUAGCGACGCAGCGAGAAAGCGCUCGCAUGAAUUUGAUCAAGAAUUACUCAUAUAUACAGUUUCAAUUUUUUAAUGACAUAUCUACCUCGGUAGAUCCUUUUCGUGUAGUAACUGGGAUUUGGGGUCCCCCGUUCGCACUAUAUCGGCUGGCAGAUCCGUAGAAGCUAUUGCACGUUUGCGAUCUCCUCCCCUAGAGUGGGGAGGAGCGAUGUAGAGUCAUCGAUAUGUGCGUCUGGGGGACGUAGGUUUAGGUGAAUUUUUGCCCUUUUGUUCUACACCGAAGUAGGUGGCGCCAGUGAGGGCAUCCCCCAGCGGGGGGAGUUUAUUCCUUUUUUCUCACCAUAGAGGGUGGCCCCAGCGGGGGCAGUUUAGCGUGGGCGCGAAAGCCAUUGUGAGUUAGGGCCAGCAAGGCCACAGCAGGUUGCUACGAUUUCUUUUUCAAUCCAUGUCUUCGUAGAGACAUGGAAGUUUUCUGAUACUCAUGCUUCAACUGCGCGGCAGGUGAGUACUUGUCUUUGAAGAGCUUGAGGCUCUGUUUAUUUUUGCUCAAAUGAAGGAAGGUCUUCAAAAACAAAGGAUACGCGCUCAGAGUGUUAGAUCGGAAAUUGGAUCCGACAGUGUGCGGAAUGUUAGAUGUAGGGCUCGGGUAGCUAGGUCGCUUCUGAGGCCCCGCGCCAAGUCAACCUUUCUCUCUUUCUCUUCUACUACCAGGCUGCUGUAGUGCUUUUGAGGGCAGAUAGUGGUCCGUUCCUUUCCAGAUCUAAGUCUCAGUAGGUGCCGUUAGGGCGAUGUGUGGAUUUGUCUUACCUUGUCUAUCACAACUUUGAUUGCAAACAUGGCUCGGGGCCGCCCGCAUACGUAUUCAUUUAGAGGGCCAGCGCCCAGUGUCUUCGGGACACGUUCUCCGCAAUCUUCUCACGCAAGAGCAUGGCAGGCGUUCAAAGUGCAGAAAGGCCUGGAGCAGGCCCGGGAAGUUGGGAUUGCGGAUUUUCGACAGUUUGCCGCUUUUCUUUUGGCCCAGGGGUUUACCUCUGCGGCGGGUUACCUGUCUUCAGCAGUGACGCUAGAAGGGGAGGCGGGAAGAAUUAAAAACAUUUUAUUCCCCCGGCAGCUCCUCGGUCUGCAGCGGGCAAUCGGCCGGUACUUGAAAUCGCAGAACCUUCAACCGAAGAAGGCAACGCCCAUCUUUUUGGCUUCCCUGGGCCGUAUGACACAGCGGGAGAAAGAAAUUUUAGUAGUGGCCUCGGCGCUAGGGAUCCGUGGCGACACCCUGACGGCGAUUAGCCGCUCGCAGGUCUUCCUGCGUAGGCAGGGAGGUGUGACCCGGUCAGCAGCUUUGAUGGUCCGCAAGGACAAAACCUCGCAGCUACGCCGCAUGGAGGUGCUCUGCAUGUGUAAGAAGAGCCGGGUGAAUGUUUGCCCGGUGUGCUCAGUUGAGAACUGGGCCACGUUGUUUCCGAUAUCGAAGUGCGAGUUCAUGUCUGCCUGUAGGCUAGCCGAGACGAGUGGCCAUGGGCCACGUCGUACGUGUGCGAUCACGUCGCGCUUAGCAUGGAAUAGGAAGAAAGCCGCCAAAGCUCGGCAAAAGCUUGUGGCGGUGGUCUCCAAUAGGCAGGGCUGGUCUCUUCAGGCUAGGAGCCUGUCCUUUUUCGAAUACAGUGAUGACUUUGCGCGAUUCUCUGACCAGGAGCAGCAGCUUCUAUGCUGCUGGUCUCCGGAGGAGGACGACCUGGAGUGAACGCCUGGUGCAUUAUGUUUCAGCUCGAGCUACAGGCACUGCACAGCUGGAAACUUCCAAAUCGUUUUCUAAAAAACCAGAGUCCGCAUAGCGCAGAAAUAUAUUUGCUUCACUUUUGUCCAGUGGCGGUCUGUUCUAUUUCGUGCACGAGUCGCUCGGAAAUUGUUGCUACAUAAAUUUGUUGGUCCCAAAUCUAAAAUCUGUCAGAUCUUGAGCCCAGGGCUAGCCCGAUUUUUCUUGACAGAUACGAAAUGCGAGUGGUUGAGUAUGUUUAGGUCGGUAUGGGAAAAUCUUUGAUCGCAGCAGGAGACGCUGCUUGUAAAUGGGAUCUGGGCCCUCCCCCCCCCUCCCACUUUGGGUUCAGACCGGUUUCUUCUCGCUUAUUUUCCACGUACAGGGGACCACGUUAGAUACGAGCAAGUGUAUCUUGCCACUUAGUUCACAUUCACACUCACAUUGAGCAUCGCUUUUAGGUUCAGAUACAAGAUGCCCGCGAAAGCAAAAGCAAAGGCGAAGCACCCGGCCAAAGCUAAAGCUCCGGCCAAGCCCAAGGGGAAGGCGCCGCCCCACAAGGCGAAAGCGGUUAAGGCGGUCGCUAAACCGUUUGCGAAAGUGAAAGCCCCGCCGAUGGCGGCCCCCGAAGUUGAAGAAGAUGAGAUUUGCGCUGCUCUUCUCGCGGAGGAAGAGGGCGAGGCGGGUCCGGCCCGCAAGGGCCCGCCCCCGGUGAAGAAGCGGAAGGCCGUGCAAGAUUUUAGUGACAGUGAGGUCGAGGCCUUUGGGAUCUCGCGAUCCGAAUUAUUAGCGCACCAGCGGGAGCCUUCCCCACUUGAUUCGCUGUCCUCGGUAGAUGUGCCCGCGGAGAGCCUGGCACGAGCUGUGCUGGACUACAACGGUGUUAGGUCGCUCCACAUCUGCAGUAGCGUGGAGAUCAAGGCGCUUAAGGGCAUCAAGGCCCUCAAUGCUUCGGAGCGGGCCGAAGUGAAGAUGAUUUUGUCGUCCGCGCCUAAACAUAGAACCGCGCAGACGACUCGCUUCGGGAUUUUCUUUGCAGACCAUUUCACUGAACAGGCUUACGGGGUACGAGCGAAGAUUGAUGCUAGGUUGCCGCUCGAGGAUCUGGCGUCCUACUACAAAGCCGAAAAGGGGUCGCCUACCACUAACGUUAUGCUGAUUCGCAACACACAUAAAGUGCUCCGGAACUCCGACCUGGUUUCAGAGGCGGAGUUUCAUGAUUUGACUGCCCUGGGGGAGUCGCGCCGGCUGGAUCCGGCUCAGUACCGCGAUAUCCUGAACGGCGAAGUGCGCGGGGGCACACAGGGCUUCGGGGCCCGUGUCGUUGGGCAGAUUCGCUCUUUACAGAUCCCGGCACCGCCUAAACAACUCGCUCCACGUCCCCCGGGUCCGGGUCCUGCCCCGCCCGGGCGUGCUUCUUCCUCCGGAAUCCCUAAGGUCUGGGAUCCGGUGAGAGGUGAAGAAAUUUUGGCUACUACUUCCAACGUGGGGAUUGUUUGCCACGACUUUCUUCGUGGCCGCUGUAAUCGCGGAAGCAGCUGCAGAUUCCCGCACGUGUUGCGGUCUCCCUUUGUGAUAAAAGAUUUGAGAGGGGACGCGCAAGCGCCUCCGAAGUAGGCACUGCAGCAUGUGCAGUUUAGUUUUAGAGGUUGGCCCUCGCCUUCGGCCAAGUGGGUCCGUCGGCGUGUUGCUUUUUACUACUCCUACAUGAACAAAUCCAUGCUGGCCUGGUUGCUCUUGGAUUUUAGCUCCUAGCGAAAGCUUUGCUCUGUUGUGAGAACAAGAUGUGAGUGUGAUUGUUGUGAGUGGAAAUUAGAAACGUUCCGGGCCCCCUUGGCCUGGUACUUAUUUCGCGGUCUGGCGUGGCCAGGCUCGCGGGGUGUUCCCUUUGUUGCCCUCGGUCUACAUUGCUCCCUGCAUUCCGUCUCUGUUGAUUAGGUGUAGAUGCCGGUUAGAUUCCGAGAUCGGAGUGGUAGUUGUGCUCACGAGGUGUUUGUGAGCUGUUAACCUUCGGUCGAGAGGAGAGUGGCUCUUCACCCCCCGUGGGUUGUCUUUCAUUGUGUAGCAUAGACAUGCUCAGCGGUCGGUCUCGUGUUGCCACGGGGAUGAGGGUUGUUUGGCACUGGCGGUAACCAAUCCGUUACCCUUGCAAACUCACCUCCUUGGCGGCGCGGUACUUUGUGAUCGUUAUGCUCAUGCUCUUCUCACCCCUCAGUUCCCGUGCUGACACGAGACCGCGCCCAGGUUGGCUACUUAGUACACUCGCUUUUCUUGUUUUUCACAUUCUGGUGGUUUUUCUCUUGUCGCUUACACCACAGGGUGUGGGUGCUAUCUGGGCCCACCCCCCACACUCUACUGUGGAACCGUCGCGAGCGACGGUUUCGCCUUUUUCCUUUGAGGGAGAAUUUUACUUCCGUUUCACAGAGUCGCGCUCGCCAGCGUAGUGCAGCAUCAGAAUGGAGUCCUCGCCGGCUGACAAGGUUUCUGCCUUUCUCUCUCGGGUCCAGCGGGACCGGGACAGGUUUCUACCAGGUUUGUCGCAGGACAGGAGCCACCCGGCCUUUUCGGGUCGGCGACUGAUCUCGCGGCACAACGAACAGUGCCUGCGCGAAGGCCACAGCUCGUCCUUUGGGGAUUUCUCGGACCGGAUUCUGGCGGGCGUUUACUGGCUGGCCUGUGCCCGGGCGGACCCAGCGACCGUCUCUCGCUCGGAGCAGGUCUUGGCAGGUGGUUGGAAGGAUACCAGGCCAAUCCGGUCGAAGUUCAACUUCGGGGUUAUUGAGAAGAUUGGCAGAGAGUCUGCUUUUUCGGGUUUCUCGCAUGUAUGGCGGGUUUUAGCUUCCGGGGGGGAAUCGGUCGGCCCCACUGCGGCUCAAGACUUUUGGCCGUCGAAACUCAUGAAGGCGUCGGAGGGUGGACGUUUGCCCCCGGCCCCAACUACCGGCUCCGGUUCGGGGGACCUAGCAGCCUCGGUUGAGGGUGCGGAAAAUAUUUCGCGCCUGCGGCAGCGCAGCUCAUCGUGGAUGCCGGGUGAAGAUGUCAAGCACUGCUGGGAUACUACAAUCCAAGAAACCGAGGACGGCUGGCUCCAGGGUCCUUUUACCCUGGACGAAGCUUGGGAAAAGGGGGCGCGCAUCCUUCUGACUCGUUUUGCACACCAUGAGGCGGACAAGAUCCGCCUCUGCGACAAUGGUGUGCCUUUGAAUGUUUGCUCCGACAUCUCGUCGUCGAUGCCGAUUCCGUCGGUUCAUCAUGCUCUCGCCCUUGCUUCGAGCUCGGCGAUUUUACUAGAAGAAGGCGGCCCGCCGCGGGUUGACUUCUGGCGGGAUUUGCGGGUGUUUGACCAAGGGGGCAACCGGGCAGACCCCCUGGCCUGUGAAGAGUAUGAUUUUGAUCCUUUCCCGGAUGCCCGCCCGUCCGACCCGGGCUGGCGGGAGGUUGCUUGGGCGGCUUUGGACCACAUACCGAACUUCGACGCAGCGGAGGAUGGUGCGGACCCUGAGGGUGCGGGGCUCUGCCAGUGGGUUAUCGACAUUGCCAACGCUUACAAGAAUGUAAGCAUUUCGAAGGCGGGGAGCGCGACGAACUGGAUCGGGGUUUUCGACCCCAAGGCGAAGGCCUACAAAGCCUUCCGCGGCCUCACGCUCCUGUUUGGGAACAUUCACUCCGUUACGGAGUGGUUGAUUGUUGGGCAGUUUCUGGCCUUCUGCGUUCGGUGGCUUUUCUGCGUGGCCUUGAUCAUCUAUAUAGAUGAUAUGACCGGCACGGCGCCCCGCAGGGUUCGCCGUCUCCUGAUGCGCGCCAUUGUGUACAUGUUGGAGGUUUUGGGUUUUCCUUGGAAGCCGAAGAAGGUCAAGUGGGGGCGCACCGCUUUGCGGGUUUUGGGCUUGGAUUUUGACGUGUCGCAAUCGCCUCCCACGAUGCAGUUGUCGGAAGUGAAGCGCGCCACCCUUCGGGCGGCCCUGGUUGAAGUCUUGGGGGCGGGGGAGCUCAGUCCCGCGCGGGCUUCCACCCUUUCCGGGAAGUUCCUUUUCCCCUUCUCACUGCUGGUGGGCCGGCGUCUAAAUGGCUUGCUGAAGCCGGUCUUUCGGCGUGGAGGUUUGUUUCAUUCUCGCGCCACCUGCCUUCCCUUGGGUUCCGGUUGUGCGGCGAGCUUACGCUUCAUGGCGGCCUGCCUCCCGGUCCUUCCUCCGAUUUCCUUCUUACGAGUGGGCCUCCCGGUGGAGGUGUGCUACUCGGACGCGAGUUGGAAGCGGGGGCGAGGUAUUCUCGGCGGGGUCCGUCUUCUGCAGGAGGGUGCCUUCCAGGCGUUCCGCCACCCGGUCUCGCGGGCGGAUAAUUUUCCAUCCGCCUCUUGGGGGUCUUUCCCGAUCAACGUGUUGGAGAGUUUUACACCGGUCAUUCUGUUGAUGCUCUGGGGCCCGACCUUGUCGCACAAGCGGGUCGUAUUCUUUCUGGACAACACCACUGCGGUGGGGGUUUUGCGGAGUCGAUCGGGCGAGCGCGCUCACCUGUCGGUGGUAGCGGCUUUAUUUUGGAGUUUGUGUGCCCGUUUUGCCAUAGUGCCGUACUUCGAGUGGCUCCCCUCCGGGGAAAAUGUUGCUGACGCGACUACCCGCGAUGCACUUUGGGCGCAGUUCUGUCGGGUGGCUAGGGUGCAGCUUCAUUCCUGUGUCGCUUUGGGGGAUGAGAUUCAGAGGUUCCUGACCACGGUGGCGACCCCGCUUGAAGAUCCUUGUGAGCUGCUGGAUUCUAUUCCGGCUGAGGAGUUGCUGGCUCAAGUUUGAGCCACUCCGCGAUGUUUUUUGCGCUUGCCCUGUACCCUUUUGUUUUGAGAUCCGCCUGUGGACUCAGUGUGCAGAUGUUUCUGGACGGUAUGACGUCUCUUCUUCAAAUACAUUUUCCACCUUUGGGUAUGCGAUUUACUGCUUCGCGGGCCCAGGCUUGUCAUGUGAUCCCACUCAGAAAACAGUGUUCCCACUUCUACCACUGGCGGUUUUGUUUGGGUUUCUUCCCGUGUCUACUUGUCCCUCGCUUUGGGAUUUCGUUUGUUCCACUUCGGCGUAGGGCCUUGCCGAGGGCAAUUGGGGCGGGGCUGGGUCUCCCCUCAUUCAACCACCUGCUGUGGGGUUCUGAGGGGUCUUGCCCUGUUUGGCAAGGUGGUGGUGAGGCGUGCUGGGCCUCGGUUUUGGGAGGUAGGCCCAGGACGCUUUACCCAGCCCCAACGGCGCGGUCCAACGGGCCGCUCGGGUUUAGGGAUACCACAUGGAAGGAACGAAACGAAAGCAACAUACACAACUGGAUCUGGAAUUGCCCUCAUAUCUGCAUGUCGGCAUUGUUUUCCACAGUUUACUAUUGCGCGCCCUGUGAUUUGUGA